CGAGGUGCAAGACAUAGCGAAGCGCCGUUAAUGAACGAGGCCAAGGUAAGCGAAAGACUGGAAUUUAAUCGAUGGCGUUUCCCUUUUAACCACGAGCAAUUUAUCGUGUUUUAGCUGGGCGACACCUAGUGGCGUUGCGACUUACGUCGUGGUUGCACUGUGUAAAUUCCGGUCGGCCCCCCGUUGAAAAUGGCCUGGUUGCACCACUGCUACAAUAUAAACUAGACAUGCAGCUGCCUGUAUUAUUUCUUGUGUCAGUGUUCUCACUUUUGUCACCCAAUUCAUCUGCUAAACAGAUUAGAAGGCAUAUCUAUGGACCUUCAAAAGAUGGAGAAUAUUGUCAGAAAGACUACUUCGAAACUGCUAAGGGUUGGUUGGAGGAAAGGUACUGCAAGAAAUGCAGAAGAGGAUAUGAAAAUAAUGAUACAGAACAUUCUAAUACAUGUACCAAAAUCAAAACAAAACCGACCACACAAUCGCCAAAAGGAAAGAACAUUACUGGAAAACAAAAACCUAUUAAAGAGCAAAACUGUAUUGUUUCUAAUUUGAUGUCAACACCAACAACAAAUGUGUACGAGCAAACGAAGAAAGUUCCAUCAUCCCCAAAAACACAAACAACGACACCCAGCAGAAUUAGUCAUGAUGUUGAAAACCAUGAAUUCAAAAAAAAAACGACACCAAGAAUUUUACAAAGGAAAUUAACAUCGUGUGCAAAACCCAAGCCUUUAAUGCUACUCCUUACAUUUGCACUAUAGCGAUACUGUCGAUCGUAGCUGUGGCAGAAUUUCUGUUAUAUUUUGGAUGUGCUAUAAACCCAAGCAAUGAAAGGACAAGAAUUAAACUACACUGAACUCGCUAAUGACACGUUCCCUCGUUUUAUAAAAUUUAGUUAUCUCCAUAUAUUUAUUUGAACGUAAGCUGCAGUGACAUGUCAAGCUUUACAUGAAUGUAACACAUAACUUUUGAAGUGUGAUAUCUCUCUAUCUCACUUGUAAGUGUUUCGGUGGCCCAGCAUUGGGCCAUGGCCCACUGGUUGAGAACCAGUUCACCAGCUGUUACACAUAUCAUCAUUAGUGGAAUCCUAUCUAAUAUUUAUUGAACACCAUAUAUUGAAAUCCAUGCUAUAUAGCUAUGUUGUUUAUCGUCUUUAGUUCAGCAAUAAAAAAGCAAAACAUAAAUAUAAUAUGAAUAAUCUUCACUGAAAAACAAAUUCAUGACAUUUCUACACACAUUACCCAAGGGAUGUAAUAGAUUAGUUGCAGAAUGCCUAAUCGAAAAUAUUCUGAGCUUUCCUAAAAACUGGUCUCUGUUAUGUACCAGUGGAUGGCUAUGACCAAUAACAGCAAAUGCCAAGGCUACUAGCCAAAAACAUGCAAAAAUCGCAAAAAAACAACAAAAACAUGCAAAAACCAUGCUGUUAACACAUGCAUAUGUUCGGCCUCUUUGAUUAUUAAAAAAGCAAAAACAUGAAGUGUCUGUCAUUCUUAUAUAAGGUAAAAUAAUGGCUUUUGUCCAAAAGACUUGAUGAAGUUUACUGGUCAAUAUACAAACUGGUUAUGACUUCCAACAUUAUUUACCGAUAAGUCCAUGAUUCUGGUACAAAACCAUUUCCAGUCAAUCCACAAAACCAGUCAAUUUUGUUUCAAACAAUAUAUUGCACAGUGUUUUCAUACACUUUUACAUGCUUUUUAUGCCACUCCAAAAGUAUGUGUACAAAUAUGUAGGUAACUAAUUGUUAUUACCUACUUUACAUCAA